CUCCUACCGUCUUUCUGGGAUGAUCGGGGCAGGCUGAGGACCUUGCCUCUUUGCUGUAGAGAGGUCGGUGCUCAGGAUUUACAGCAUUUUAAAAAAGCAGAAGUGCCGGAGUGCUUAAGUGGCGAGUCAAGUGUUUCUCUCUGACAAACACCGAUUGCUCAGGUGCAAGAUUUUGGGAAACGCGGCAGUGUGCCAGUUUUACGUCUGUUUGCCUGAUAGAUAUUUUCGUUAAGUAAGACUAAGAGGGUGUGCGGGCCAAGGUGCCCACCGAGCUCGCGGAGAUGGAGGAGGACAUGCCAGAUGAGCGGGACCUUAAGGAGAUGGAGGAGGAGGAGCUGUGGGACAUGAUCAACAACCACCGGUACCGCAUCUCGCAGAACGUGAAGCCCUGCACGCUGAUCCCCUACCUGCGGCAGGCCCGCGUCCUCAAUGAGCUGGACGAGGAUGAGAUCCUCAACUUUGUCAAGUUCCCCAACUGGAGCCUGAGGACAAGCCACAUGCUCGACAUCCUGAGCAUGCAAGGACGCAACGGCGCCAUGGCCCUGCUGGAGAGCCUGAUGAUCCACUUCCCCAAGCUGUACACGCAGAUCACCGGCCGCAAGCCCGCCAUCGAGCCUUCGGGAUUCAGCAGCCUGAUAAAGAACUCGGAGCUGACAGAGUACCUGGUGCGCGCAGUGACCAGCAUGCAGCGUGAACUGCAGGAGGCGCGUGCCGAGGUCGACUCGCUGGCAAUGCGCGGCGCCGAGCUGCGCGCCGAGCUUGCCCAGGCGCAGCGGCGGGCCGAGGACCAGCAGCAGCUGCAGGAGGAACACGUGCGCCUGCGCAGCCACAUGGCCGGCCUGCAGCUCGACCUGCUCAAGCUUAAGGACGAGAAGUGCGACCUGUAUGUGCGCUACACCGCAGCCAUCCAGGAGAACUCCACCGUCAACAUCCACUGCCGGGACCUCCAGCUGCAGAUGUACGAGCUGCAGUUUCAGCUGCUCAAAGCCCAAACUGAGACGGACUUCCACCAGAAAUCCCUGAAGAGAAACAACGCCAACGAGAUGCUACAGCUGCGGGAGGAGAACAGCUUCCUACGGCAGCGGCUGUUGGAGGCCGAGAAGUUCAGCCCGGCGCGGGAAGACAUAUUGGCACAAGACCUGGAGGAGGAGCGAGACGGACGCACCAAGCUGGUGGAGCUACUGCACCAUGAGGAGAAGGAGCACGAGAGGCUGGUCCAGGAGAGGGACCAGCUCGUGGAGGAGAAGGACUGCCUGGCCUUGCAGGUGAAAAAGUUGUCUCUGGACUGCGAGAUGUACCAGCAGAAGAGCACGGUGAUACAGGAUCAACUGGAUGAGCUGCAGGAGGAGAGAGACCAGGCGUACCUGUUGAGGGAUGAGGCUCAGGCCCAAAUUGCCCGCAGCCUGGCAGAGAAGGACACCCUUCGGGGGCAGCUGGUGGAGCUCCAGGAGAAGCUCUUCACCCUGCGCGCCCAGGGCAGCCAGAGAGUGGAGGAGCAGAAGACGCAGAAGCCCCGAAAGUUCAGCUGGGAUUCCAACUUCUCCACCAGCAUUGAGGAGACUUUGCUCAGUCCUCGUCCACGCCCUCCCCUGUGCAGGAUGAAGGCCAUUUUUCCUCAAAGCAUGAGAAGCACGGACAGCAUCGAGAGCUUUAGCAGCAUUCGCUCUGGGACCGCGGAGCCGCCCAGCCUCGAGUCGCUACGCAGGCGGAAGCUUGACGAGAUCUGCUGUAGCAACAGUUUCAAGAUGUGGGACUCGCUCCCGCCUGUCUCAGACCCAGAUAACGACUUUGAGAUCAUCCAUAAAGUGGAUGAGGAGGCAGCACCUCCAUCUUUGUCUUCUCUCCAGAGUAACACCACCCGGAAAACAGCUCCACCAUUCCUGGUUCGUUCCCGGCCUAAGGCACUGCGCCUCGGCACCCCCGGCUAUGGCCUGACUAUCUCCUUCCAGGGGGAGGAGCUGCUCAGUCAGUUGCGGGUGGUUGGUGGAAACAAGACAGGGGUGUUCAUACAUGAGGUUAAAGAGGGAUCCCCAGCCCAGAAUGUGGGUCUCAGGUCUGGAGCCCAGAUAAUGGAGAUGCAGUACGAUCAGGGGCGACACUCAUUACGCAUGGUAAUGGAGGAUUCUACUCUGGAGGAAGCACUGUGGGCGCUGGGUCAAGUCCGUGGCUUCUUCCACCUCUCAGUUCGAUACAAUCAGGACACUUACGAGAAGCUGCUGGCCCAACUUCAGAGAGGCGAGGUGACCUCAGGAGACUCCUUUUACGUGCGCGUCAACAUGGGCCUGCCGCGCGGGGCCGGGUACACGCUGGCCAUCCGCUGCAACGACAUCCUGCACGUGACCGAUACCCGCAGCGCAGACGGGUCCUGGAAAGCCAGUCACGUGCAGCCGUGCAACCUGAAGGACCUGGAGAGUGGCACCCUGCCCAACUACUACAGAGCUCAGCGCCUGCUGAUAAGGGCGAUCGAGGACAUGACCUUGCAGCAGACAUCACUGCGGAGGGUGGACCCCUGCAAUGGUCAGGCGAAUCAGAAGUCGGUACGGAUCGUCAGCACGGGCCGGCUGGGGCGCAACCCACUAUGGGUGUCUGUAGAGGAGGAUACCUCGGAGGAGGCUGAGGGGACAGGGAACGGCGUUACGUCCCGGGGCUGCGUCACACUCAUGCCCUACACCCUCGUGACUCCUCACCACCCGCCGGCCUCUCGGCCUGUCCUCCUCCUCCCCUCGGUGUGCGGCCUCCUCCUGAACAACAAACUGGGAGAGCUCCGGGGCUUCCAGUUAUGCAAACCAGAACUUCUGAGCGCUAGCGAGUGCGCCGCACGGAUGCAGAAGUCGGAGAUCCUGGAAGACUGUGAGCGGGGGGCCUCCCACUGCUACACCCUGCAGAGUGUCGAGAAAGUGAUCAAGCAGGGCCUCCACUGCGUGCUGCCCCUGGGACUCGACUGUGUCAGGCGCCUGCACAGAUCUGAGAUCUUCCCCAUCAUCAUCUUCAUCGCGCUGUCUGAGCGCAGCAUCCGAAAACUCAGGAGCAAGCUGCACAAGCUGGGCGUGACGGAGGAGCAGCUGCUGGACUGCUACCGCAGCGAGGAGACCCUCCUGGACAAGCUGCCCUGCCUGUACCGCACCGUGGCCCCGGACAGCUGGAGCGACACCUCCAACCUGCUGGCCGUCCUGCAGGCCGUCAUCCAGGAGGAGCAGCACAAGAUCGUGUGGGUCGAGCAGGACCUACUGUGAAGGGAGACCAGGGUGGCGAGAGGGAAACCUGCCCAGACUUUAGCUCUGUGUUUAAUUCUUUGUACCGUCUCCUUGUCGGGUGCAGGUAUGAAAUUGCUGAGAGCCAGUGUGGGGUCACCCCCGUCUGUGGCUGGAGAUCUGGACAAAACAAACAAAACAAACGCAAAAGAACAGAUUAAUAGAACACACCACACCAGCAUAUCUUUACAUUACAGCAGCUGCUGACAACUUUAAUCAGGUUAACCAGGAAUUGGUAUGAAGGAGCCCCUUUUAUAUGACUGUUUACUGAGGACAUUUAUCAGUAAACAUUUUAGUGUUGUGUUGUACUAUUUAUACGUGUGUGUGCGUGUGUGUGUGCGUGCGUGUGUGUGCGUGUGUGUGUGUGUUACUGUCUUGUUUAUUAAGGUUCCUUUGCUGGUUUUUUCCCAGCUAAACGUAAACCUGUAAGGUUCUUAGGUUAUGCCAGUUUCAUGGAGCCAGUCAGGUUAUAGUCUAAAAUGUUUAACUGAAGCUUUCAUAAAGCUUUAAAUUCUAAGGAACGUGCUGUAAUACCAAGUUCGGGUGUAAUAAGCCUCACGCUAUUUUUGGAGUGAGUGUACGUCAGCACCCGGACUGUCCCUGUCGCCAUUCCACCUUAACUCUGUUUUGGACUCCUCCCAAAUCGCUGGAACGGUCUAAAGCACAUCAGCUAUUAAAGUUGAAGGGUUUAUAUCAUGAAUCAAAAUAAUGUUCUUUUUAAAAUGAAUUAGAAAUCCUAUUACUUUGUGCCUAUAUAGUUGAACGCAGAAAAAGAAUGAACAAUCUUUUUGAGAUUUUACAUGAGCAGGGAAGCAACAGACAACAGUAGCUCUCUUCAAAGCAUAUAUGUAAGUGCUGUGGUAACUGCAGUUGUUUGCACAUUCAAGCAAUAUAUGGUACUUAAAAUGUAAGAACUGUAAGAUAAAUGUAAAUAAAUAUACUGUAAGAAUGUAAAUGUGUAUCUACUGUCAUACCCACUGUGCCCUGUACUGACUAUGAAUAUUGUUUUUUGUGUAUUACCCAACAAAUAUCCUUUUUAUUGUA